AUGACGAUUAACAGCCUCACCAACUAUAUCGCCUACCAGGAGCCCAACAGUGGCCCUAGAAUCGGUCAUCUUGACUUCGAGAACUCAACCAUCAUCCCCCUGUCCUUCAAAUCCGGCACCCCGUUGUCAGACCUUUAUCAAGUCAUCACGGUUAGCGGGCAGGGAAUCAAGGCAUCCGGUGCACAAUGCUUCCCUCUUUCCAGCGUGAAACACCUCCCCCCGAUUUCUGGCCGUGAUGUGCUCGCAGUUGGAAAGAACUACGCUGAUCACGCCAAGGAGUUCAACUCUUCGGGUUACGACGCUAGCGACAAGACAGAUCAGCCGACUCACCCGGUCAUUUUCACCAAGCGUGCCACUUCCAUCAUUGGCCCCGAAGAUCCCAUUCUCCUCCACCCAAAGUUCACUAGCACAGUCGACUACGAGGGUGAGAUCGGUGUCAUCAUUGGCAAACCAAGUUUCCAGGUCUCAGAGAAGAACGCGUGGGACCAUGUGUGGGGUUAUACGAUUGUAAACGAUAUGACCGCGCGUGAGCGCCAGCGCGAUCACAAACAAUUCUUCCUCGGCAAAUCAGCCGAUACCUUCUGCCCAAUCGGGCCUGUCGCUGUUCCUAAAGAGUACCUUCCCGAGAACUUGAAGAUCCAGACCUUUGUCAAUCAGGAGCUACGCCAGGAGGCCAGUCUUAGCGAUUUGAUCUUCAGCGUUCCUACGCUGAUCGCUACCAUUAGCGCUGGCCAGACUUUGCAAGUCGGCGACGUUAUAGCCACUGGUACACCGGCUGGUGUGGGCUUUGGUUUCAGGCCGAUGAAGUUUCUGCAGACCGGAGAUGAGAUCAGCGUGUCCGUGACAGGACUGGGAACUUUGACAAACCGUAUUGCGGCUGCAGACGCGGUCAACACCACCGCCAAGCGCGCGGAGUCUCAUAUUCCUAUUGCCAAUCAGAAGGCGCCCGCAAACUCGGGAUUGACCAACAUCAACGGCAAGAACCUCUUCUACCAACGACGGGGCUUGGAGAGUGGACCUCCAGUCUUCUUCAUUCAUGGACUUGGGGGGUCCUCAAGUUACUUCUAUCCGCUUAUAGCGAAGCUGCAGUCGACACACUCCUUGCACCUCCUAGACCUGGAAGGGCAUGGUCUCUCCCCGACAUCAGCGCUUAGCACUCUUUCCAUUGCCUCUUUUGCAGACGACUUUUACAACAUGUCACAAUUGGCUGGUGUCAACGAGAGCGUGACCGUGAUUGCCCACUCAAUGGGAUCUCUAGUAGCUCUCAAGCUUGCUCUGGAGCACUCUGCCCUGGUAAAAAAGCUCAUCCUCAUGGGACCUCCCCCGAACCCACUUCCAGAAGCAGGUAGCCAAGGCUCUUAUGCCAGGGCUGCUCUCGUUCGGAAAGAGGGAAUGUUGUCUGUUGUGGAUGCAAUAGUGCAAGCUGGAACAUCAGCCUACGUUCAGCAGAACAAGCCUUUGAGUAUUGCUGCAGUACGCACUUCGCUUCUCAGUCAAGACGCUGAAGGAUAUGCCAAGGCAUGUGCGGCUCUUGCUGAAUCCGCCACUGACCCCAUGGAUCUCAAAUCUCUCCGCAUCCCUGUUUCUAUCGUGACCGGCGAAGAGGACAAGGUUAGCACGCCAGCCCUGUGCCAGAAGUACUCUGAGGCGACUGGAGGUGGACAUGUCCAGGUGCUCAAGGAUGUAGGACACUGGCAUCUGUUUGAGGAUGUUGAGGCAACGGUGAAGGCGGUUUCGGCGCAGAUUUAA